CCACUUUUUUUAAUCAUUUCAUUUGUUAUUUAUUUGGGUCGUUAAUUAGCUGCGUGAGGAUGAGUUAACAUUCCUCAACCCCCGUCUCUGUCCGUUAACGGUUAACCACUUUUCAAUCCAUGGCAGAUUGCCGCUGCGUAAAAGCGAAAGCGAAACUCUUCUCCCUGCCCUUGGUUUCGUUUUCUAAUAACACAAAGGCUGAGGCUGUAUCCUGGCUGCAGAGAGAUGCAGUCUGCGACAACAGCCGUUGCCAAUGGAGUCUGACCAUGGAUGGUGACGUCGACCCCGACGACGAAAACGUGAACUCCGUCUUGGCUCAGGAAACCCUGGAACUGUGCCACAUCCUCAGCGGUCAGCCGCCCACCGUCAUAGGGGAGUUGUGCCAAAUGAUGCCCAGCGGUUCUGCGUGGGACAUCAGCGACCAGCCGGUGGCGGCCACUGUCAAAGCCAUGUUGGAGUAUUUCAGCGAGGCCAACGCAGCAGACUGCCGCAACUUCCUCCAAAGCAUGUGCCUCCUGUGCGAGAAUAUCCCCAUGCGCCUGGAGUCCAGACUCAUGUCAGUGGCCGGAUAUGCAAACAAUGUUUGUGAAAAUCCUAGUCCUGGUGUGACGAAGGAAGAGCCGCCAUCGCCGCGUUCAGAGCUGCAGCUCGUCAAACGGCCACGGAUUGACCACUGGGAGCACUACAUUGGUGCAGUGACGCGUUCGCUGCUGAGGAGGUGGGAGCGACUGAGCGGGGCCCUGGUGAAGGAGGUCCAGCUGGAGAACGUGUGGGUCAACCCGAGAACAGCCAACAGAGGCAGGGACAGACCUGACCAGACCCCGGGGCCGACGGACAGAGGGAGCAGAACCCCGGAGCCUGAUGGGGAUUUUGGCUCUUUGGAGUCGAGAGUGACGCUGGAGACUUUCCUCCAAGGAUGUGCAGGAAAGGUCACGGUCGUCGCUGGCCCGGCUGGAUCGGGGAAAACUCUGCUGAUGUCUUGCUUGGGGCAGCAGUGGGCACAUGGACUUGGCCCAGUCCCUUCGUCGUACCUGUUUGUCCUGCUGGAGUUUCGUCUGCUCAAUCUACUGUCCAGCCCUCUGUCCCUGUCUGAGCUGCUAUUCCGACACUACCUCCCUCCCAAAGGGGAAGACGACGACGACGUAAAGAGAGCUAUCGUGGAUUACCUCCUGUCCAAUCCAGCGCAAAGCUGUUGGGUGCUCGACGGCUACGAUGAGUUUUACAGCAAACUCUCCGGACCAGAGGUGCAGGGAGAACGGCUGGACCCAGAAAAGCCGCUGCCAGUGGCCGACCUCAUCUCAGGGCUGUUGAAUCGUCAGCUUCUUCCGGGAUGCACUGUGCUGGUCACCUGUCGCGUACGUGACGUCAUGGAUUUGGAGGGCGUGUCUGAUAAAGUGGGGCAGCUGCUGGGGUGGGACAGCCAGGAGAUCAAGGACUAUGUGGACGACUUCUUUGGAGUCAAAGGUGAUUCAGCAAACAGAGCCUUCGGGGGGCAGGCGGCAGAUCUCCUCCUUUCCAGUCAACACCUCCUCGCCAUGUCAUGCCUCCCAGCCCUCUGCAACAUCUGCUGCAUCUGUCUGAAGCAUCUGCUGCUGGAAGAGAAAGAGGGGGGGGCAAAAGUACAAGACAGGGGUGGUGAGACGAGAGGAAAAGACGCCGAAAAGAAACCGGAAGGUGUGCAGAUUGCAGGAGAAAGGAAAGAGAGCGGUGAAGACUUGAUAACGGACGGGACAAAUGGAAGAACUCAGGUCCAGAUACCCUCCACCCUCACCCCGGUCCAGAUACCCUCCACUCUCACCCAGGUCCAGACACCCUCCACUCUCAGCCAGGUCCAGAUACCCUCCACUCUCAGCCAGGUCCAGAUACCCUCCACUCUCAGCCAGGUCCAGAUACCCUCCACUCUCAGCCAGGUCCAGAUACCCUCCACUCUCAGCCAGGUCCAGAUACCCUCCACCCUCACCCUGGUCCAGAUACCCUCCACUCUCACCCAGGUCCAGAAACCCUCCACCCUCAGCCAGGUCCAGACACCCUCCACUCUCAGCCAGGUCCAGAUACCCUCCACCCUCACCCUGGUCCAGAUACCCUCCACUCUCACCCAGGUCCAGAUACCCUCCACUCUCAGCCAGGUCCAGAUACCCUCCACUCUCAGCCAGGUCCAGAUACCCUCCACCCUCACCCCGGUCCAGAUACCCUCCACUCUCACCCAGGUCCAGAUACCCUCCACUCUCAGCCAGGUCCAGAUACCCUCCACUCUCAGCCAGGUCUACCUCAAUGUUCUCUGUGCAUUUCUGAGCCGCAAUUCUGCUAAAGGAGGAAAAACUGGCAAGGCGAAGACCUCGAAACCUCCACACAGGCCGUCCACCCUGAGCUGGUACCGAUCUGAAAUAUGUGAGCUAAGUCAACUGGCCUGGAGAGGUUUAGAGAAGAGCAAGAUCCUCUUCUUGGAAGAGGAUAUCCCUCGCAGUGUUUUGGACUUUUCCAUCAGGACAGGGCUGCUCUCACAGGUGGAGCUCAGACUCGAGAGUGGGACGCUUGCCCGCGCCUACUGCUUCAUCCAUCUGACAGUACAGGAGUUUUUGGCCGCGCUCAGGAUCAUGACCAGUGCUGACGUGAGUGACGCGCAGCUCAAGAAAAGAUUUAACCUGAAAACUCGUUGGACGACCAAGUCGGACCAGCGGACGGUCUUCACUGACUCUCUGCACCUGUACGUGUGCGGUCUGGCUUCACAACACUGCGCCCCGGCCUUAGGUGAAUUAGCCAGCGCCGGUUGGGUGCAAAAAAGACAAGCCCUCGUUCUGAAACUGCUAAACAAGCUGUGCCACAGCAACGCCCUGACUGGACCCAAGAUACUAGAGCUUUGCCACUGUGUCCAAGAGAGCCAGGACCACCAACUGGCCCGGGAGGUUGUGGGCACGAGAACCACGCUGGAGCUGCGCAACAUCCAGCUAUUACCCAAAGAUAUUGAUGCCCUGGCUUUUGUGGUUAACUCAGUGGGCGAUAGCGGCGUUGGGUUGGACUUUGGAGCGUGCUCCAUGGAGCUGGAGUGUUUAGAUGUCCUGCCGAGGUGUCGGUUCAUUCACCACCUCAGUUUUCGCAGCCGCAAGUACGGCGACAAGUUUGCAGAGAAGCUGUCCUCAGUUUUGCCCGAAUUCUCCACCCUGAGAAAACUGGAGUUCUGCGGUUCCAGUCUGACCGCCACAGGAGCAGCGAGUUUGGCGUCCGCUCUGGAGAAGUGUCCAGAAAUCACUGAAAUCAAUUUAAGUGACAACAGCCUGAAAGACGAAGGCAUCAAACACGUUGCCGACAUCUUCGCCAAACUACCGAGACUGGCGUCUGUGAUGGUGAGUCGAAACAACAGCUCUCUGACAACAGUGGACUAUCUCGUCGGGAAAAUGUCGUCAUGUUUCAACAUCCAGCGUGUUCACGCAGAUGCGAUGAAGGAAGUGACGGUGACUUUCUCUCAAAACUCCGAUAUGGACAGCCAUCAUAAAAAGUCUGAACCAUCCGUCAGCUUGUUGAACCAGAAGUGGAACAAGCCUGAGAUGCAGAAAGUUGUAAAAUCCUUGGCGCGUUGCCCUGCCCUGUCUGUCCUGGAUUUGUCUGGAGGCCAGUGGGAUGUGGAAGUUCUAAAAACGCUGACUCAGUUUUUGCCAAAGUUCAACGUCACCGAGAAAAUCAUUCUCAACGACAGCUGCUCUUCAGUGGACGACUUGGUGGUUCUGACGGCGCUGCUGUCCAAACAUCCUGCGGUGGUGGAGCUGCACAUCAGACUACAGUCUAGUCCAGAUCCUGUUCCUGUGUCUAUCGUUUUCUCUGGAGGGAGCAAAAGACCCGCAAACACCAAAACACUCUGUCUCGGCUGCUGUGGUCUGCUGCACACGGGCCUGACGAGGGUGUUGAGGAGUCUGGGGACGUCCUGUGAUCUCGCCGUGCUGGAUUUGUCCAGUAACUGUUUGGGAAACAACGGUCUGAAGAAGCUGCUGGACGUCCUGCCUCAUCUUGGCAACAUCCGGGAAAUUGAUGCCAGCGACAACGGCAUCAGCGUGGAGGGAGUGACGAUGUUGGCUGGUGCUCUGUGCUCCUGCGACAACCUGACGGAGAUUCACAUCAGAGACGGCGGGAGGGAGCAGGUGAUCCUGAAGUUCUGCUCUGGCGGGAGUGACGACAAAGAGCAGCUCAAGAUGUUCAGGAUGAACAACAGCAGCCUCCUGCCGGCUCAUAUAACCGCGCUCUGCAUGCGGUUGGUCCGCUGCCGCUCCCCUUUGGAGUUAGAUUUGUCUCACAGCUCACUGAAGGACAAGGCUGUGGAGAGUCUGCUCAGGGUCCUGCCGAAGAUGGCGUCGCUGCAGAGGCUCAAUGUCAGCCACAGCGUCACAUCCACAGCCGCGGCUCUGAUCUUGGCCCGUUGUCUGACGGUCAGUCGGCGCGUCACGUCCGUAGAGCUCCGGCCUCAGAGCGAGUGCUUCGUCCUUUUCGACCGAGGGAAAGCGGAACAGGCCAGCUGCAGGUUAACUCAUUACAGCCUGAACAGUGACAACGUGGAGAGGCUGACGGAGAUCCUGCUGCAGGGUCCUGAGCUGUCUGACCUGGAUUUAUCGAGUAACCGGCUGGAAGAUGAAGGAGUGAAGCGCCUCGUGGAUUCUCUGCCGAGGCUCAAAAUCAACAGCUUUGUCAAUCUGAGCAACAACAGCCUGACCCAGCGGGGGCUGCUGGACGUGGCGGGGACACUGGUUACCUGCGACGACGUCUCCGGCGUGGAGGUCAGUGUGGGAGCAGGCGAGCGGUGUCUCAUCUGGUUCAGACAAAAUGAUGGAAGGUGCGAGAAAACUCUGAGUGUCAAGGGAAGCAGUUUGGAGAGUGAUCAUCUGGUCAGAUUAGCGGCGAUCGUGUCAAACUGUCCCAGUCUGACCAAGCUGGAGUUCAAGAACAAUUCGUUACAGUCCGAGUGGAUCGAGGACUUUGUGAAAGCGCUGGACGUCGGUCAGACGGGCUGCAGCGUCAGCAUUGACGAGUGUUGGAUCAGAGCUGAAAAGGCCGUGAGUUUAGUUUGUCGCUGUCUUGAGGUCAGCAGCAACAUUCAGACCAUCAGGGUGGACCACACCACACUCCACCUCUUUCUGAUGAAAUCCACUGGUCUGACUUCAGUCAGCCUGGUUGACUGUGCACUCGAGGGCCGUCAGCUGUCGCCAGUGAAGAGCAUCAUCCAGAGGCGCCCUUCGCUGACGGAGCUGGACUUUUCCCACAACAGCCUGGGCGCCGCGGGGGCCGAGUCGCUCUGCUCUGUUCUGCCUCUGCUGCCGGAGCUCUCCUCUCUCAGCGUUGUUUCCAAAGAGACGUGUGAAACUGUGGUGGAGAAGCUCUCGCAGGCCCUGCUGCAGUCGGCAACCGUGCAGUGCCUCAAUCUGUCAGGUCAUGUGAUUAGUGACGCAGCGGCUCAGACCAUGACCGCGAUACUUCCCCGCUUACGAUCGCUCAAUCUGUCUCACUGUUCGUGGUCAGCGGCCGCGGGGCUGCAGCUCGUCCGAGCUCUGGGACGCUGCGUUCGUCUGGAAGUCCUCUGUCUGGACUGCGUGCACCUGGAUGAAAACAGCAGAGCGUGUCUGGCACAAGCGCUGAGGAAGAUCCGCUCUAUUCGCAGUCUCAAAUUAAAUGAAAUUGCUGCCGCGGUGGAGCCAUCGGAAGCGAACGGCGUGUUGGAUCUCCUCGCCGCUAUGGAAGAACUGACGCGAAUUGAGGAGCUAGAGCUGGACGGCUGGAGGAUGUCCGGUGGCGGAGUGGAGCAGCUGAGCAGACUCCUUCCUGUCUGGACGGAGCUCAGGAAGAUCAGCCUGUCAAAGAACCUCAUCAGCGACCAAUCAGGAGACAAGUUACUGGAGGCUUUGACGAGCUGCGGUCAUCUGGAGGAGCUCAGUCUGUGUAGCAACCAGCUUGGUGACCUCACCGCUGCCAGGAUGGCACUGGUCCUACCGUCAAUGACACACAUCACUGCGUUGGACGUUUCAGAGAACGCUGUGGGAAGUGAAGGUUCGGAGAGUCUGUCCAGAGCGAUGAAGUGCAUGAAGAAGCUCAGCAGGAUUCAAUUGACCUCUGUCGGGACGUCGGAGCUGUGCGCCGUCGCUGCCAGUCUGGCUCACUGUCCUCUCAUACGGGACGUGGGUCUGGGAUGGAAUAACUGUGGUGAUGAAGUGGUGCUGGAGCUCGCCAGAGUUUUGCCCGUCUGUCAAAAGUUGACCAGAAUAGAUCUGGAGUCCAACAGCGUGAGUGUUGUCGGAGUGGAGGCUCUGCUCCGGGCCUUACAGUCGUGUCCUGCUCUCGAGCUCAUCAGGCUGUGGAGGAACGACGUGUCCUCCAGUGACGCUCAGAGGUUGAGUCUGAAGGACGGGAGGCUGAACUUCUCCUCCACCUGAAGUGAUGGCAGGGGUUCACCACUUUAUCCCUGCAGAAAAAUCACCAUGAAAGAAAUAUUUAUACACUAAACAAUGAACAUCUCCGUGUGAAAGUUUUUUUGACGUGAAUCAGAUGACGGCAGCUGCGGGUGUCUCCAAUGACAUGACUGGUUUAAAGACCACUGUGUGGUAAAUACUGUAGAGAGUAAAUAUGAUGCUUUUUUUCUCUAAAACUUUUGAUUUAUUUAGUUUACAUUUUUUUUAUUUAAGAAGUGCUUCAGGGAUUUUACACCUGCAAGUUUUCAGAGUGGCGCGUGGAUUUGUCGGACUAUUUAAAAGUAUGACUUUGCACUAACUGGCCUCUAGCUGCACAGCAGCAUUUAUUAUGUUCUUAUUAUUUUUGGUGGGUGGGGGGGUUGAAAAGCUUUAUUCAUUACAUCCUCGAUGGGUAAAGUGCGACAGAGUAUUCUGGCCACAUUGAGAGAGAAAAAAAUUGGAGGCUUUGAGAAGAAAGUCGUAAUUUUUGGAAAAUUAAUUAAUAAUUUUACGGGUCGUACUACUACAAGAAAAAAACAGGUAGUCAUAAUAUUGUGAGAAAAAGAUCAUAAUGUCUAAAUGUUAUGAGAAUAAAUCGUAAUAUUUUGAGGUAAAGUCGUAAUUUCACCUUUUUUUUGCUUCCUCAAUGUGGCCCCAAAAACUCCGUCGUAGUAACGUAAUCCACAUGUUCAAGUUUUAUUUGUCAUGUAUCAGUUAAUACUUAACAUUCUUAACGGUACAAUGAAAUGUGUGGGAUGAGAUAACAGGUCACUCAGCUAAAAGAACAAUUGAAAAGAUUAAAAAAAGAAAAUAAAGAUGUAUAUAAAUAUCGUACAAAGAGUUGAAUAAGAUAUUAAUAUGAGGGUGUAGGGGGGAGACGUUUUUCCGUCCUGACGCUGCCGUGAAGCUAGAGGCCGUGAUUUCAAAUGUAAAAUCAUUUGACUAAACUGACUUUCACUUUGCACUAAUCAGAGGCCACAUUGUUGAAAACACAAGAAAAAAACGAGCUCACAGUGAAGAAAGAGUUGGAAGAGGAGGAUCUCCUCCGUCAUCUGCUCUUAUGGUCAUUUUUAGGUUGUGGUCUCUGUCCAAUCACGUAUUUAUUCCGCAACAUUUUGUUUUUAUUUUUCUGUUGAUAUUUAAAGGAAUUGUGUUUUUUUUUUGAUGAAAUAAAUCGUAGAAGUACUUUAUAAAAGAGAGCACACAACAAAGUUUCUGAAUUGCUGUACACUUUCCCAUUCCCCUGUGCUGUUUUCCCGCUUUUUCCAUUCUUUUCCAUUCCAAAUUGCCUUCAUCCUUGACAUGAAUUCAUUCUGACUUGCACUGAGAUGUCAAUUGAGAAUAUAAUUUUAUUUUGUCCUUUUGA